CUAAUCUCAUUUAUUUACCCAAUUUCAGAUAAAUAUAUUUCAAUAUUUAUUUACCCAAAUUAUAAAAAUUCGCUUUUAAGACUGUUCGCGUUUCAGAAACUAAAAACCACGCACGACGUGGCUCUUCUGGUGAGGUGAUCGAUGCACUCGUUGUUCAUCACGCCUUGCCGCUCUCUGGGUGAAGAAGACCAUGUCCGAUUUCAGUGUUCAUGCAGUUUUAAGCAACGACGACAUUAUGUGUGAUAUACUUCUCCGGUUGCCGCCCGAAACUAUCUUCAAGCUUAUCCUGGUAUCAAAGAGAUUGCUUCAAGUCAUAUGCGGGUCUUAUUUCCGUCACGCUUACUUAACCAAAUGGAAACCGAGUUUUCACCUCGUCGGCUUCUUCAUCUGCAACACUUUGUACCUUGGGAGACGCAGAGACAGUGCUCGACGCCCUCACUCAGAAGCCGCACUUCCGUUGUUGUCAACGAGUGGAGAGGGCGAUGACCUGGAAGCCUUUGGAGCGUUGAAAAGGCUCGGGUAUUACAUUGACUCGUCAAACGGAGUUCUUCUCUGUGGCCGUCACCCAAAAGCCUACUACGUGUGGGAUCCGGAUACACGGAAAUCGCACCAGCUCCCUCGUCCCAGGGUUCACUCUGAAGAAUUGUGUAUGGCGUUUAUAACCGAGGAGUGCCCUUUUGAGGGGAUCAGCUACAAGGUGAUCCGUGCUAAAUGCCAGUGUAGGCUUGACGAGACUAAAACGGUUUGCAUCGAAACCUAUUCAUCGAAAACAACCACGUGGAGUUUCUCCAUACUGUCUUGCCAGCACCCUUUGUCUCUUAGUCCUUGGACUUUCGGGAGAGUGAUCAAUGGCGUCGUUCACUGGUAUGCAGCAGGAGGUAACAUAGCCAUCUAUGACACAAAUGACGAAGAGAAACGCAUAGAAUUGGUAAAACUCCCGAGCUCUUUCAACUAUGAUGAACAAGCUCUCGGUGAGACUUCGGAUGGGCAUUUGCAAUACGGGUGUAGCACUAAGUCGGGCAUGGAGAUCUGGGUGCUCGAAAAGGAGAGAUUUGGUUUGUCCGAACCCGUCUAUCAGUGGAAUAUUAUAUACAAACUGAGUUUCAAGCUAAUGUGGAGGAGAAACCCGACAUUAGCUACGAGAUUCAGCACACGGACUAAAGAGACACAGCUCCUCGCGUUCAUUCAUCGAAACUCGGACUCUGUCUUCAUCAGAUCCGACUCGCACAUAUUCACCUACAACUCGGGAACGCAAACAGUCGAAGAAGUUCAGUACCAGGGUCGGGCAUCUUCCUUCGUGUGGGAUUUCUGCAAGGUAGUACCUUACUUCAGACGGGUGUGGCCUCGUUCUUCACUCUGCGAAUCAAGGAACCACAUAUGAUGAUCAAGGAGAUCAUCUACCAGAGUAAGUACUAAGUAGUAAAGGGUCUUUUUGUCAAUGGGUUAGAAGUUUUUUUGUAGCUUCAGCCACCGAAUUUGAGGUUAAGGACCCAUUUUGAAGAUACAAUAGGUUUGUGUUAAGGGGUUUUAAAGUUUUGGCCAUUGAAUCUCUAAUAUGGUGUAUAUGCCGCCUAGAUAUAUUUUCAUGUUUGUGAUUGAAGGUUGAGGCUUUGUUUCGCCAUUUCUCA